AUGGCGCGCCAAUUUCUGGCGACGCUUCAUGAGUUCUUCGGCUCUGAGGGGCGCAAUGUGGGCACUGAUCUAUCUCAAGCCUAUCACGCCAGUGGUUCUGGCCCUUUCCUUAACAGAGCAAGUCAAGGCAUGCAAUCGACUACGCGUCUCACAUCUACACCCGAUUAUUCUGUAUCAGGCCCUUCUCUGCCUUUGUAUACGCGUUCGGAUAUCCGCCAAGGCAGCCCCGUUGCGCGAGCGUGGCGCACCAUCACGCGCUUUUGUGAUGAAAACUACGAAGAGCUGCGCGAUGCACUAAAUUGGCCCGCCACAAUCGAGCAGAUCAACACGUUACAGCACGGCCUGGGCCAGGCCUUACCUGCGGCUGUGUGCGAGUGGCUGCUCUGCUGCGAUGGUCAAGAAGUGGAAUCGUAUGCGUCAUGCAAAGACGGAUUGUUCUUCGGACUUCCAUUCCUUGGUACUGACGAUAUCCUGCGAGAGUGGCAGUUUUGGCGCCAUGUUGACAGGAACCCCGAAACUGGACUGAAUCCAGUGCUCAAGGGGCAUAUGCGCAGUUGCCCCACAAAGUGGGUACGCCGCGAAUACUCGUGCCCCGGGUGGAUCCCACUCAUUGCGGAUGGCAACGGCAACUACAUGGGCGUGGAUCUGAACCCAGACCCGACAGGACCAGGCAAGCCAGGGCAGGUCAUUCUAUUUGGACGCGAUUUUGAUACGAAGAUUGUCAUAUAUGGAUGUGACGGUCCUGAUGGCUGGGCCAAGUUUCUCCAGUCCUUUGCCGAAGAGCUCGAGGCAGGUACCACGUUUGUGAUGCAUGCCGCCGACGAGGUAAGCUCGGGUGCAUCCGAAGACCAGAUCGGUUACAGGUCGUAUUUUGCCGGCGCUGGUGACCGCGGUGGCGAGGCAGGCGUGGAAUUUCAACUCGUGGGAGAAUUUGCACACUGGCCCGUGCUAGAGUGCUGGGCUGAGCGCUCGAUCCGUGCAUGGAAAAUGCUUGGUCUCGCAGAGGAGCACCGCGACGGCCCUAUCACAUCUGAUCCGUCCUUGCCAGAAGACUUGGGCGAUAUUUCUAAAACCUCAUCAACGCACGAUCCUAUGGACCCUCUUACAACAAAUGCAUCGUCAAGAAUGCGUCGAAAAAGCUCCUCUUCCACUCACACCUCUACUCCUCCGACACAGCCCCAAAGCUUCCGAACGAGGAAGAACCUGGACUCAUAUCGCAGCACAAGCCCCACAGUACGGCGAACUAGAAUGCCGGCACCCCAGCCGCUCGUGGAUCUACCGACAAUCGAAGAUGUGCGUGCUGUCGAAGCAGUUGAUUUGUCUCAGUCUUCUCGCACUGCAUCCGCGCUUAACCCAAUUCGGAAUUUGGCACGCAACACCCUAUACCUGAAUGUCAAGGGCACAAACAGCGUUCUACCACUUCAUGAAACAGUCGAAAUGGUCCCUCGACCUAGCAACGAGCUACCACCACAGCAUUUAGAGGACAGUGCUGCGGACACGCUUCAUGAACCGUGGAAACGCACUCAUGGAAUGAGAAGCUCAGCGCAACUUUUGCAUUCUGAUACCAAUCCUGAAGGUGAAACUGUCGAUUUAGUCGAUGCACCGAAGACGGAUGUAUAG